AUGGCCGGCUGCGGGCGGUGGUGCUACCGCACCUGCAUGUGCUGUCUGUCCGAGGAGGAGAAGAGCACCAUUGCUGUGGACAAAGAGAUCAAGAGGAUCCUGAAGCAACAGAAGAAGAAGGAGAGGAGGGAGAUUAAAAUCCUUUUGCUGGGGACUGGGGAGAGUGGAAAAACCACCUUCAUCCGACAGAUGAGGAUCAUUCACGGACGAGGCUUCUCAGAGGAGGAGAGGAAGGCUUUCGCCAAAUGCAUCUACCAGAAUAUCUUAACUGCCAUGACUGCAAUGACAGGAGCAAUGGCCACGCUCAGAAUCCCCUACUCCAACCCACAGAACGAGAUUUAUGCCAAGAGGCUGGAGGACGUAAGCCUAGUACAGGUCACCCAACUGGAACGGGGCCAUGUUGACGCAAUCCGCCGCCUCUGGGCAGACUCGGGAAUACGUGCCUGUUACAGCCGCCGCUGCGAGUACCAACUCCUGGACUCUACAGAGUACUACAUGAAUAAUCUGGACCGCAUCACCUCCCAGGACUACAUCCCCACGGAACAGGACGUGCUGAGAGUUCGAUUCCCCACCACGGGCAUCCACGACUACUCCUUUACCGUCAAUACCAUCACACUAAGGAUUGUGGACGUCGGCGGUCAGAAGUCGGAGCGGCGGAAGUGGAUCCACUGCUUUGAAAAUGUCACCUCCCUCAUCUUCCUUGCGUCUCUCAGCGAGUAUGACCAAGUCCUGGAGGAGAAAGACACGACUAACCGCAUGCAAGAGAGUCUGGCUCUGUUCUACACCACCAUUCACUCCCAGUGGUUCCUCAACACCUCCAUCAUCCUCUUCCUCAACAAGACUGACAUCCUGACUGAUAAAAUCAAAACAUCAGACCUGCAGAAAUACUUCCCCAGUUUCACAGGCAGGAAACAUGACCCCGAAGAUGCUAUGAAGUUCAUCCGCAAGCUGUACGAGCAGCAGGCCGUCAACCACAACAACCGGGAGACGUGGAAGACUCUGUACCCCCACUUCACCUGUGCCACGGACACCAACAACAUCCGCAGGGUCUUCAGCGACGUGAAGGACACGGUGCUGCUCAAGUCUCUAAGGGACUAUGGGAUCAUCUGA